UUGUGCAUAUUGUGCAAGAAGAGAGCAGGAAGCAGUGGAACACAUUCUCUCCUAGAGGAUUGUACACGCUCACACACACACACACACACACACACUCGCCCACGGGGGAGAGGACGCGCGCGUCAACUGGCUCCAUGUGACGCGCUGAGGUCCGGAGGAGACUGUGCGGGAGGCUGAGGAUCCUCUGACCAUGGCCGAAGGGGGGUGUGCUCAGAGCGAGGGGGCGGAGGCGGCUCUGUCCCGGGGCAGCGGAGUCUGCAAGUGGUUCAACGUGCGGAUGGGUUUCGGCUUCCUGUCCAUGGAGAGGAGGGACGGGGCCGCGCUGCAGCAGCCGCUCGACGUGUUCGUCCAUCAGAGUAAGCUGCACAUGGAGGGCUUCCGCAGUCUCAGAGAGGGCGAGGCUGUGGAGUUCACCUUCAAGAAGUCAUCUAAGGGACUGGAGACCGUCAGGGUCACUGGGCCCGAUGGAGAGCCAUGUCUGGGCAGCGAGAGGAGACCGAAGAGCGCCCAGAAACGACGCGCCAGGGCGGACAGAUGCUACAACUGUGGAGGGGCCGGCCACCACGCCAAAGAAUGCCAGUUGCCCCCUCAGCCCAAAAGGUGCCAUUUUUGCCAGAGUGUGUCCCACAUGGUGGCCAGCUGUCCAGGCAGAGCCCAGCAGCAGCAGCAGCAGCAGCAGCAGCAGCAGCAGCAGCAGCAGCAGAGUUCCUCUCCGGGCUCUCAGGGAGCAGCUCCUUCACCCAGGGCUGAGGUGGAGGAGCACCGCCAGGCCUCCCUCUGAAGCCUCAGAGUCAUUCAGGGAACGUGUGAGAUUUGUCACUAGAACAGCCCUCAUAGAAAGAGCUACCUCAUGUUUUAUUUAUUGAGUGGCCAUAAGAGGCAUCACUUUAAUAUUGGUGUGGUGCCACUUUUUGGGGUUAGUUUUUAUGUUUGUUUUUUUCUGACUUAGAUAAGUGUCUUAUCUUUGGAAUUACAACAAUCAGACGUCCUGUUGAUUCAGCCGUGUGGCGGCCACAGAUAUUAAGGCCGUGUUUUCAGACUGACUUGACGUGAUGUGUGCCUCUGUUAACCGAGCCUGCUCACGAAAAAAUGCAAACACAAAAGUCUUGCUGGUUUACAACACUUAAAAACAUAGAGAGAGAAAAAAAACAAGCAUCCUGAGCUGCCAAAUACUAGUGGGAAUAUAUAUCAUCAGGUUUCAUAGUGAAAAAUGAAUGUCACAACAACACAAGUGCCAUAACCUCUACUUUCCAACGGGGUUGAUAAGAGAUGCUUUCAAAUACCAUAUUCCAUCAGACACAGCAUAAUCCAACCACACACACACCAGUGGAAAACAACAUAUCUAUUUUUCAAUUAGUGGUGAAAUGUAUGUCUUAAUACCAAAUUGAAUAAUUUAAAUGUAUAUGCAAGACCAAUAUUGAUUGUAUGGCAGGCUUUGUCUGCAGAACAGUAUUAAUCCAAAGAGAAGGUUUUUACAUAUAUUAUGGAUUUCUUCACAUUAACAAUACUUUCUCAGUUAUUGUACUUGAAAGCUGCAAGAAAAGAAGAAGGGAGGAGUUGAGACAUGUAGGUUUUUUUGGGGGCGUUGCCUUCACUAGAUUUGGUGAGGGGAAUGUAUAUAGAUAUUAUGUUUUUUAUACUAACUAUUUAUUCAAUAGUGUCCCCGACAUUGUUUCAUCUCUCUGUCACUUGUUUUGACUGAAGAGCAGACUGAGAAUGUCAGAGGAUCAAUUCUUUUCUUUCAACGUGGGCUGUGACUCAGGAAUAUCUUUGUACCUCUCAAUACCAAUACACCUCACAUAUGCAAAGGGUUGUCCUCCUCAUCACUCAUGCUAUGAGUAGGUUACAACAUUUCUGGCACAUGCUGGCCAUUGCUGUGUAAUUGUUCACUGACAGUGUUGAUUCAUCUACAACACUGCACAAAGAUCACAACAUUCAAGUGUGAGGUACUUGAUGUGAUCAACCUGCAUUCAGUGAAUUUAGCGCCUUCAUUGUGAACUCAGGGAGAAGUUUUCUUACAGUUUCUUUUCGGAUGUGUUAUUUACUUUGGGUUCCGAGAACAUUCAGGGCACUGAUUGCCAAAAGAGCCAUGCACUAUCUUUAUGUUGUCAUCUGCCUGACCAAAUACAGCAGCUUAAAUGAACCAUUCACUCUUAACAAUAUUCAACAUUGUGUAUAUUUCAGUAUGAUAUCGAUGCAUUUCUGGGUAUAAAGUACUUUACUGUAUUUCACGUGUGGACAUAUGGUACAACUUGGACAAUGUCAAAUGCCAUUAUAACAAUUAAUUGUAAUGACAGAACCUUUUUUUUUCGGUUAAGUAGCAAAAGUUAUUGUUUUUUUAUGGUAGCUUAAGAACCGUAAAAGGUCUGAGUUGCUAUAAUGUAGCCUUUUCUUAACCAUUCACACUGGCAUAUUUACUUUGAACAGUCCUGCUCUGAUGAGACUGCAGCUACCCAUUGACUUUUUCACAAGUCAACGCAAACAGGGCAAUCAUUUUUCAAAUGUUUGUUUAAGAUGCACAUAGUCACUGUCUUUUCCACCAUGUGAAUAUAAUGUUCAUGUGAGUCUGCAUGAUGAUUAGUAGAAUAACAGAUUAGCUUUGUACGUGUAAUAAAGGGACUGGGACUGCUGAUGGCAGAGCACAAAUGAUGUGUCAAAGCAUCAGUACCAAUCAUCAUUAAGGAUCAUUAAGGAUCGAUUAUGUACUUGAGUCCACCAUGAUGCAUGUUUUGCUGCAGAACAAUGGGGUUUAAUUUACCAUUGAUAAUACUUUUAGUCCCUGUGAUCCGUCUUGUUUCUUGUUGGCUGUAUUAGUUCUUAUGUGUGCGAGAAGACAGAAAUUGUCUUCUAUCUCUAAUCUAUACCAGUCUACCUCAGGUGUGAUUUUGGUUUUAAUAAGGGCAGCUUGGUAACAGCAUGUCCCAAAAAACCAAUUUUGUAAGUAUUGUAAAUUUUUUUUGUUUCUUUAGUUAUCAAAUAUUUAUUACUUUGUUCAUACAGUUCACUUGAGUAUAUUGUGUGUCACCUCAAAAAGCUUUUGGUGUCUUUAUGCUUAUUGUUGCUGCCAACAUGAUGAGAGAUGAAGCCAAACUUCUUUACAGGUGAAAGAAAGAAAGACAAAAGAACUGACUACAAUGUUUUCUUUCAUGUUUCAGACAAACACCCAGAGCUGAUAUAUCAACCAUUUUUUUUAUCGUUCUGGUGAUGUUGUUGCAGACAAAGAAUGUUUUGCAUUUUAAAUGUUCAUGUUGACUUUCUGGGUGUGAGUUGGAGUAAGUUGACUAUUGACUCAGUGCCCAGGGUUGUGCCGCAGAACAACGGGAAA